UGACCAUACGUCCCGUUUAAAAUGGGAUUGUCCCUUUUUUGAUCAUUAUGUCCCGUUGUCCCGGGAAACAUCGAACGGGACGCUUUUUAUCCCGUUUUCAGAAGAUUGUCCCGUUUUAAUCCCGUUAUUUCCAUAUAAUUAACCAAAGUUAUAAAUAACAAACUAAAAUUUCCGUGGAACGAACGUCGAGUGCCGAUGCCGACGAGCAAUACAAAUAGUAAUAAGAUAAGCGUAUACCAUACUACCAUAGUAAUUGUAAAUUAGCCAUUAGGAUUAGGUAACAAUGUAUAGUAUUAAUUCUAUGAAUCUAUCGCAGACCGUGGCAUGUGAUAACGAUAACCGAUAGUUUCUGCGAAUUACCUACGCACGUGACACGUGCUACACAAGUCACCACUCUACGUCGUAUAUCAUAAUAUGCAUUACGAACUAAAAUAUAUAAUACUAUGUCGAUGAUAAUAAUCAAAAAGACGAACAACAAAAUAUGUCGAAUAGUAACGUACGAACAGUAAAGCGAUUGUGUUUAUUAUAGCCAUUACGUAUCGUCUUUUUUCUUUAAAUUUUGUGAGUUGGUGCAUUAUUUUUUUUUUAAAAUGCCAAAGAGGAGAUGUACGUUCACUGUAUCUUUACAGUCUGAAUUUACUUUCCUAAAAAACUGUGAAGAAAUUGGAAAAGUGUUUUGUACGAAGUGCAAGGCAGUAUUUUCAAUCGAACAUGGAGGACGCUCAGAUAUCAAACAGCAUUUGGAAAAGAAGAAACAUACGUCGGCCUUAUCUAGUGCUUCCAAAAGUGACAAGCAGAAGAGCCAAGAGGGAAUGUUUGCAUUUCACACUAUAGUACAUAACCAUUCUUUUAGGUCAAUGGAUUGUACUACUACUUUAAUAAAAAAGUUACAUGAAAAAAAGUUUUCUUGUGCGCGUACCAAGUGUGAAUCAAUUAUUCUGCAUGUAUUGGCUCCUUUUGCAAUGGAUCAAAUAAUAGACGAACUAAAAGCUGUUAAUUUUGCGACAAUUAUGAUUGACACUUCAAAUCACAAGAAUUUAAAAAUUGUCCCCAUUCUUAUUCGAUAUUUCGAUGAAGAUAUUCUUUUUGAUGAAUAUUAUCAUGUAGUUAAUGUUAUAAAUGAAAAUUUAAAAGAAUGGCAAAAUAAUUAUGUACGUGUUGAAGAAAGAUGGUGUGCUAUCUAUAAAAUUUUAAAUAGUAAAAGUAUAUCGAUAAAUAUUUUUUGGAAGAUUGUAGAAUAUUCUCUAGCAAUGCCUGGAACAAAUGCUGCAAUUGAAAGAGUAUUUUUUAUCACUAAUGUGUUAUGGACGGAUGAAAAAAAUCGCUUUCUCGUUCCUACCAUCAAAUCAAUUAUAAUUCUAAAAAAUCAUUUCAAAAAAUAUUCGUGUAAUGAUUUUUAUGAUUUUUUGUUAACACAACCAAAACUAUUAAAUGCAAUCAGUUCAUCGCAAAAGUACAGUAACGGCACUGCAAUAGAUAUUAAAGGACAUGAUGAGCAAUCGACAUCAACCCAAAAAAGUUAAAAGUUUUUUUUAUUAAAAUAUUAAACAAGGUAGUUAAAGAAUAUUUUAAUUGUAACUAUAAAAUAUAAAAAUAUUUUAAGAAA